CUUCCUCUUCCUCUGAUUUAUUUUUUUGUGUGUUCGAAAAAAAAACAAACAAAAAAAAAACAACUGCACACCCUCAACCUCCGUACACACACACAGACACACACCCACCCCGAUCUAUGUGGGAGCCCUGAGAGCGCACCCAGGGGGGGAAAACUGUGUAUCAGAGCUCCGAGGAUCGCCCAGGCCACCUCGGAUCACCGGGGCCACAGAAGAACUCCCCUGCCGGCCCACCGAAGCCGACAUGCCGCGGAGGAAGCAGCAAGCGCCUCGGCGCGCCGCAGCAUACGUCCCUGAAGAUGAGAAGGAAGCAGCCAUGUUGGACGAGGACCUGGAUGGAGAGGACUCAGCUCAGGAAGGGGAGGAGCCUGCUGCCAAGUUCCUCUGUCAGGACAAGGACUUCCUUCUCAAAGACAGACCAGGAUCCACUGGUUUCCAUGACUCUCCUAAUGCUGCAGACUUUUCUGGUCAGGAACUGGACAGCGAGUCUCACCUAAGUGAAUCUAGUGACAGAAUGUCUGACUUUGAGAGCUCUUCACUUAAAAAUGAGGAUGAAGUACUCCUCUCUAAAGACCCCACAAAUGGCCUGUCCUUGUCUUCAACCUCUAGCAUGAUGGCGACUGCCAAUCCUGCCGCCCCAGUCAGUGGAGAUGAGGCCAUAUUAGCCACAACAGGGUCUGUCGCUGACAGCCUGGAGAAGAUGAAGGCCAUUUACACCUCUUUCCUGACCAACUCCUAUUGGUCCACACUAAACCUGAACCUGAGCCAGCCGCCUGCAGAAAAACCACCUCGCAGUCACAGUAGCAGCAGUAGUAGCAGCAGUAGCAGUAGCUGUGGAAGUGGAGGCUAUGACUGGCAUCAGACAGCUAUUGCCAAAACCAUGCAGCAGGCCUCACAGAACCAUCAAAACCGACUUGCCCUGGUCCAACAUCCCACAGUGGCUGUAUCCACAGCAUCUACCGAACCCAACCUUUUUAGUACUGUCCAGCUGUACCGGCAGAGCUCCAAGCUGUAUGGUUCUAUAUUCACUGGUGCCAGCAAGUUCCGCUGCAAGGACUGCAGCGCGGCCUACGACACACUGGUAGAGCUCACAGUGCACAUGAAUGAGACAGGCCAUUACCGCGAUGAUAACCAUGAGACAGACAGUGAGGGUACUAAACGGUGGUCAAAACCCAGAAAGCGUUCUCUGUUAGAGAUGGAGGGGAAGGAAGAUGCACAGAAAGUUCUGAAAUGCAUGUACUGUGGGCACUCAUUUGAAUCCCUUCAGGAUCUAAGCGUUCAUAUGAUCAAGACGAAACACUACCAGAAAGUGCCUCUGAAAGAGCCUGUUACACCAGUGGCAGCUAAGAUUAUCUCUUCGGCUCGAAAGAGAGCACCUAUUGACCUAGACAUCCCUAGCUCACCUGACUCUAAUGGAGGCACCACACCUAAGCCCACCUCCCUCAACGACUCCAAUGACAUACUCCAUAAGGUCACCAACCCUUACAUCACACCCAACAACCGCUAUGGACACCAGAACGGUGCCAGCUAUGCCUGGCAGUUUGAAUCCAGAAAGUCGCAAAUUCUCAAAUGCAUGGAGUGUGGCAGCUCCCAUGACACACUGCAAGAGCUAACCGCUCACAUGAUGGUGACAGGACACUUUAUUAAAGUCACCAACUCUGCUAUUAAGAAAGGCAAACCCAUUUUAGAGUCACCCACCCCAGUCCCCACAUCCAAUUCAAUGGCUGAAGAAAAGGUCCAGUCUGUUCCGUUGGCUGCCACAACCUUCUCCCCUCCGCCGGCCCCAGUGCCUCCUCCAACCAGCAUCUCCCCCACUGCCAUGGUUGUGGAGAUAAAAAAGGAGGAGAAGGAGGAGGAAUGCACUAAAGAGUGCAUCCUCAACAAUGGUAACAACAAGGAGAAGAAGGCAGGAGGAGGCAGUGAGGAGGAGGCAGAGGAAAAGUUUGAUGUUUCUUCAAAAUACACUUAUCUGACAGAGGAGGAUCUGGAUGACAGUCCAAAAGGGGGUCUUGACAUCCUGAAGUCUUUGGAGAACACAGUGACCUCAGCUAUUAACAAGGCCCAGAAUGGAGCUCCAAGCUGGGGUGGUUAUCCCAGUAUCCAUGCCGCCUACCAACUACCAAACAUAAUGAAGCUCUCUCUAGGCAACUCUGGGAAGAGCUCUCCCCUUAAAUACAUGUUCCCAGGAGGGGAAAUUCUCUCUCCCAAUGCUAAGAACCAGCCUUUGAUCUCCCAGUCCAGCUGCCAGACCUCCCCACUGCCCAAAAACAACUUCCAUGCCAUGGAGGAACUGGUCAAGAAAGUAACAGAGAAAGUAGCCAAGGUAGAGGAGAAGAUGAGAGAGCCCAGUAGUGUUUUGAGGGGAUCUCCUCUUAGACGCACCACGCCCUCGCCCUGCAACAGUGAGGCAGGGGACUCAGCACGAGGGGAGUCCCCCAAAGAAAACAGAACAGGAGGCUGUACAACUCCUGAGAAUACCAAUGGAGUGGAAAAAGGAGUAUGUGAUGGAAGUGGAGCCAAUCACAGCAAUUCAAAUGGAGACGUUUCCAUAAAGGAGUCUGUGGAGAAUGGAAUGGAGACCAAUGCUGUGACUUCCCCCCUGCCUGCGUCUCUGUGUGGCAGUACAGCUAUCAUCACAGACCAUCCACCUCCAGAACAACCAUUUGUCAACCCUCUCAGUGCACUGCAGUCAGUAAUGAACGUUCACUUGGGGAAGGCUGCUAAGCCUGCCCUGCCCUCUCUUGACCCCAUGAGCAUGCUGUUCAAGAUGAGCAACAGCCUGGCAGAGAAAGCAGCGGUGGCUGCUUCCACCCCACCAGCACAGACCAAAAAGCCAAGUAACGACCACUUAGACCGCUACUUCUACCAGCAACAUCUAAACAAUGACCAACCCAUAGAUCUCACCAAAGGAAAAAAUGACAAAAACAGCAGUAGUGGUUCUUUGGGUUCAACAACUCUCUCUUCUACCAUCUCCACCCCAACCUCAAUUUCUCCCUCCUCUACUGUCACUAUGACCAAAGCCUCAGCUGCAGUAGCUUCCUUUAUGGCCUCCUCCCCUCUGAGAGAAAACGCACUGUCUGACAUCUCUGACAUGUUAAGAAACCUGACAGAAAGUCAGACUGUUUCCAAGUCCUCCACACCUACCAGCCUGUCUGAGCGCUCCGACAUUGAGGGUGUCACACAAGAGGAAACAGAGGAUGUUUCACCAGCACAGAAACGUAAAGGCCGCCAGUCCAACUGGAACCCUCAACACCUUCUCAUCCUUCAAGCCCAGUUUGCUUCUAGUCUUAGACAAACAAGUGAUGGAAAGUACAUGAUGUCGGACCUGAGCCCACAAGAAAGGAUGCACAUCUCUCGUUUCACCGGCCUCUCAAUGACUACAAUAUCCCACUGGUUGGCUAAUGUCAAGUACCAGCUGAGAAGAACCGGUGGCACCAAGUUCUUGAAAAACUUGGAUUCAGGCCACCCAGUGUUCUUCUGCAGCGACUGCGCCUCUCAGAUCCGCUCACCAUCUACCUAUGUUAGCCACUUGGAAUCCCACUUGGGCUUCCGUCUGCGAGAUUUGGCCAAGCUUUCUGGGGAGCAGCUGCUCAGCCAGAUAUCACAGCAACAUCAUCAACGCCACACCAAAGGACUCUCUGAAAAACUGCUGUCUAAUCUGCACCCAUCCAGCCACCCUUUACCCUCCUCUCUUCCCACAUCCUUACCGUCUUCCUUACCCAUCUCCCUGCCCUCAUCAUUAACCACCUCUCUGCCCUCAACUGAGUCCCCAUCACCCACCCCCGAAAAUGACGACGACAGUGGGACCAUGUAUCAGUGCAAGCUCUGCAACCGGACUUUUGCGAGCAAGCACGCGGUCAAGCUUCACCUGAGCAAGACUCAUGGGAAGUCCCCUGAGGACCAUCUCAUGUAUGUGUGUGAGCUGGAAAAACAGUAGCACUGACCAUGGACAAUGCUGCAUUCUUUUUGUAAUGGCUCACUCUCUCUUGCCCUGUCUCUCUUUCAGCAUUUCACAGACACUUCUUUCAAAAAAGGAAAGGAUUAUCAAUGUGAUGGAACUGCACAAAGAUGAAUUCACAACUACUGCUUUGAGUUUUGGCACAUGGUUUUAAAUUUUGUGUUGUAGCAGUUGUUUAUUCUUUUGUUUCUAUGUGAGGUAGACUCACUCUGGCCCAAGACAGGACGGGGAAAGUGACUUUUUUCAAAAUGUGCAGAUCGGGGCUGUUGCCAUGGAGAAGAUAUAGUAUAUGAAGGUUUAAAAAAAAAAAAAGAGAGAGAUUUAAAAUGAACUGGUGUGUAUUUUGAAACUUGUGUAAAUGGAAUUAAGGUCCUUUAUAUUUUGGCAUCACUGGGGUGUGAUAAGCUGCAUGCAUAAACAAAACAGUUUAGUUAAACAUUUAAUAACUAAAUCUGGUGCACUUUCCAUGAUUAUUAUUAUUUUUUUUUUUUCCAUUCUCCCGCUCGCUCUACCUUUCCUUUCUCUUUUCUGUGCUGGAGUCGGCAUUUAAAAUUUAACCCUCUGAGUACGUCAAAGCACUUCUACACCUAAGAUCCAAACAUUAUUGACUGAAGAUUUGGGAUAUGGAAUUACGGAAGCUAUUGUGAGAAUUAGAUGGACAAUGUGUGCAUUGUGUCUGCAAUGCCUGUUUCACAUGCAUACAAUAUGCUGAGUCUAAUCCUAGACAUGAAAGCAUUUUUUAGAAGGAGAUUCUGUAUUAAACUGUAAGUUUUACAUGUUGAGCUUGAUAUUUGUCUGAGAGCUGCUUGCAGGACUUGACACAGGCAUUGCAGCCAUGUGGUAAGAAAGAAAAAGAAGAAAUCUGAAGUCUUUUACUUUGGUCGAUCAGGGACCUAUACUAAUUCAGGUCUGUGUAAAAUAUGUAUAUAACAACAUAUUAACUAAUUCCUGUCUAAAUUAUGCAUCAUUUCUAUAUUUUUAAUUUAAAAAGGAUUGUGACUAUCUGCUGGUGCACAGUAUAUGAAGAAAAUUGUUUUGCACAAUAGUUUUAUAAAUGUGUUAUUUAAUCAAAGGAUUCGAUAAAAGAUAAGUAGCAAAAAUGAUGACAACAGGUGAAUCUUUUUAUUCCCAACUCGUGCUCAAAGGGUUAAAGACUCUUUUAUACCAGACACUACUCUACAUGUGCCGCUGUAUGAACACUAAAAGAUAUUAAAGGUUGUACAAAAAAGAUGUUACUUUAUGAAGAUAUUUCACAUGUAAACUGUUAUUUAUAAGCACUCUUGGUUGUUUCAUAUUGUUGAAUGCCUUUUCGAUUGGUCCUGUUUUUUUUGGUUGUUUAUUUUUUUUGUUUUUUUGUUUUUUUUUUUUUGUUCUGUCUAAUUACUCUGCCAUAAUUCCACACUGCAGCGUUAUCUUUUUGGGGAUAUGAAAGGUAACCAUGGUUACACUAACCUCUUGAGUGACAAGUCCUGCUACAUUUUUGGCAGUUAAUUUGCUGAAGUAACUGACAGCUGCCAGUGUAGAGAAAUAGAAAAAAAAAAAAAAAAAAUCCUUAUGUGUAAAAUAUUGGCAUGUAAACAGCACAGAUACUGUAAUGCAUUCUGUGCCGUUAGUCUUUUUCAUUUCGUUCUCUCGUUUUCUGUUGUUGUUGUUCUUGACAAUGAACCCCCAUUAUAUGACUUCAUAUAACCUUGUUUUCUACUGCAGCAUUAAAAAAAAGGAAACCGUUUU